AUGUGGCUUGUUGCAGUUCUACCCCUCUCCCUGGUGCUGGCAGCUGGCAUGGGAGUGCAUGCUAGUAUUGACACAGGCGGCUGGCCUCAGGAUAGCGGCAAGGUCGAUAGAAUCAUCGCGGCCCUGACACCUGAAGAGAAGAUUUCCCUUCUACAAGGAGCCUAUUAUGCAGGAAGUGAUAAUUAUGCCGGCUAUGCCAUUGGGCUUCCUCGACUAGGAAUCCCUCCACUCCAGCUUGCCGAUGGAGAAGCCGGAAUCAAUGGUGUUCAUGAUGCUACUGCUAUUCCAAGCCAGAUUAACGUCGCCGCAACCUGGUCGAGGGAAAUGGCAAAAGCUGCAGGCCAUGUCACUGGCCUAGAGGCCCGACUACUCAAAGCCGGUGUUGCUCUUGCUCCGCGUGUCAAUCUCCUCCGUGAUCCUUUUGACGGAAGCUCAUGGCAGGCUUAUUCGGAGGAUGCCUACUUGAAUGCCCAGCUCGGAGUUGAAGCCGUCCAGGGCAUCCAGGCUCAGGGAACAAUGGCGAAUACCAAGCAGAUAGGUCCAUCAAGCAGUGGUGCCAGUUCUGGUGACACAAACUCGCAAGUGGAUCUACAGGUACUCCACGAGAUAUACUGGCAACCUCAUGGGGCCUUAGUGGACGCUGGGGUGGCCACCAUGAUGUGCUCGUAUGCUCAAGUCAAUGGAGUGCCUGCUUGUCAGUAUCAAGAACUCAUGGACCGCACUGUACGUGGGGAUUUUGGGUUCAAAGGCAUCGUUAUGAGUGACUGGGGCGCCACGCACUCAACAGCUCCGAGUAUCGAGGCUGGCUUGGAUUGGGAGAUGGGUUCCAGAACCUAUUACACUGAGCCCCUAUAUGACGAUGUUUAUGUUCAUCGCAAUCUAUCCGAAAUCUAUGUUGACCGCGCCCUUUAUCACAUCCUUUCUACAUACAAUCGAUUUGGUUUGAUCGGCCAAAAUCGCACUGCGCUCGACAUGGUGCCGAAUCCUUUGCCACAGACGGUGAUUGCGCAGUCAGCUGCAAUUUCAUAUGACAUUGCAUGCCGGUCUGGAGUUCUAUUGAAGAACAACAAAGGAGUACUCCCUCUCUCCAAGGACAUUUCCAAACUAGCUGUCAUUGGCCCAGCUGCGUUCCAGUAUAACCAUGGCGCAGGCUUUGCCGAGCGAGCAUAUGGAAUCCCCUCGCGACUCAAGAGCUCGCUAGAUGCCAUUAAAGAUAUCACGGCCAACAAUGACAUUCUUGUAUCAAAUGGAGUUGAUGUUCAUGGAAGCACGAUUCCUGCCGAUUAUCUGCUACAAGAGAAUGGCCAGCAAGGUUUAGUUCGAACGAACUCAGCCGGCGAAACUUCGGUCGACUCUCAGAUCAACUUCUCUGGGGAUUCGGCCCUGCAAGGAGAUACUUCGUAUAAUUGGGCUGGAUUCCUCAAAGCGAAUGAGACUGGCUACUAUCGUAUUUCUCUGCAUCGACGCUUCCCUCACGUCGGUGGAGGACUAAACAAUUCGGACUACCUAGGCGUUUUCACCGUUCAUUCAUUCACCGUCAAUGGAACCGCGUUUGAUGGUUAUCGAAUGUUGGGAGACGGUGGAGCCCGGCCCUGGAGCUCACCACUUCCUGCUCUAGAUGGCUGGGAUGAAGUCGGAACGGAUGUCUAUCUCACUGCUGGCCUUCACAACAUCACUGUGACCACCACCAAGGUAUUCGGAGACCCGAUAGAAGUUCGCCUGAAUUGGGUUACCCCAACCCAGCGAGAGCAGAACAUUCGAGAGGCAGAGAAGAUUGCAUCAAACGUCGAAGUGCCCGUUGUUUUUGCGCAUACCAACAGUCCUUCUGAUGUGGGAAUGCAGCUUAACCAUGGGUUCGACGAGCUCAUCUCGCGAGUUGCCGCGAUAAACCCGAAGACAGUCGUCGUCCUCAACAACGCUGAUCCAGUACUGAUGCCAUGGCUCGACCAAGUCUCGUCGGUCCUCUGGAUGGGGAAUCCUGGCCAAGAAGGCGGCCGUGCUACUGCUUCGCUUUUAUUUGGUGACCACAAUCCCCAAGGCAAACUGACAAUCACUUAUCCCGAAUCUGUCAACAACACUGUUACGAGAAACCCAAAGUAUCCGGAGCGCAUGGCUACUAAGAGUGGGACAGCAAUUUUCUCAGAAGGCAUCAACUCAGCUUAUCGAUGGUACCUUAGCACGAACACUAGCGUUCUCUUUCCUUUUGGCUAUGGACUGUCAUAUACCUCGUUCAAGUACAGCAACCUGGUUAUCAAAAAGAAAUCCGGCUCCUCCUUCCAGGUCUCUAUUCACAUCACCAACACUGGCUCCCGAUCCGGUGUGGAGGUCCCCCAGAUUUACAUUGGUCCACCAGAGAAUGCUGGCUCCAAGUAUCCUGGUUAUCAAUUUGCUGUCUCUACUCUAGUGGGAUUCGAUGAUGUGUCCAUCGCCCCUGGCGCCACCAAAACUGCCGACUUCCUGAUCUCGGGGCGGCAGCUCAGCUUCUGGCGCCAAAGCGAUCGCAGUUGGGUACUUGCUUGUGGGAAUCGCUCUGUAUGGGCGGGGACUGAUGCUGAGAAGAGGGUCUUGGUGGGUCAUAUUGAAGUUUAG